AUGCGAGAGGCUCGGGAAAUCAACAUCAGUCUCUCCGUAUUGAAGGAUUGUAUCCGCGGGAAGGCCCAAGCAGAUGCCAGGAAAUCAAGCCAAAAGGUUCCUCAUCUCCCAUUUCGACAAAGUGCCCUCACCAAGAUCUUGAAGCAUGUUUUUGAUCCGGCUAGCAAGAGGGAAUGCAAAACUGUCGUGAUAGCUUGCGUCAACCCCAGUCUUGCGGAUGUUGGAGCGAGUAAGAACACCUUGCGGUUUGCUGAAAUGCUGCGUGUACUGGUUCCAGCGACUAGGAAGAAGGAUCUUGAUCCUAUGGCUCCUAUGAAUUGGACGAAUGCCUAGUUGAGAGAGUGGAUUAAAGAGAAUGUAAGUCCCACGUCGUCUAUUUCCCACCAGGCGUGCGAAAACUAAUAUGCCUACAAAUAUAGUCUGGCAAACCUGCAGUAUUAGCAAAUGUCUUAGCUCCUCGGGAAUCAGGUGCCCAACUUCUCAAUCUGACAAACACAGAAUUCGAGUACCGAUGUCAAAAAUGCCCUGGCGUCAGGGCCGAGCAAGCAAGAGCCUUUCGUGCCAAACUGUGGCAGAUGCACAUCGACUCACAACAUUAUAGCGAAACAUCAAAACAAGAAGUCGAAACAGAAUCAGCCGCGUCAGUGGAAUCUGACGUCUCAACGGCACUUGAUAUCGUGGUUUCAAGCAGAGAUCUGGACCCGGCUCGCUCAAAGUUGCCUUUCAAAGAGCGUCUUCGGCCUGGUAUGGUCGUCACUUACUUUGUAUCACCAGAAGAACUCCAAUUGGCCGUCCUACUCUGUCCAGCAAAGACUAUUUCCGUUUUCCAAGAUGCCUUUGGUAAUGUGAUCAACCCUGGGAUCAACGGUCGCGCUACAACAAAUGAAAGCCAUUUGGACAAUACUCGACAGUAUCUGUGUGCGCUUCUGACACCAGGACAGACGGUGGACUCCUACGAGCUGAAUAUAUGGACUCAGAUUGUGAUUGAUGUCGAUUCAAUGGAUGAAGAGGUAUAUUUAGAGUAUGAUUCUGCGACUAGAUAUUACUACAUUUCUGCUUGAGAGCUAGAUGUUAUCUUUGAGCUGUUUUGCAUUUCGAGGAAUGGUAGAGAGUAUACUGUGAUCUUUCCCCUGAGAUGGCACUUACCCCCCUUUGUUUUCUUUCCCCUAACAACACCUAAAAUCGGGAUACAAGGAAUAGAAAAAUGGCAAAAGAGUCUCCUCAAAGUACC